AAACAAAAAGUGAAUAUAGUAAACCACCUAAAUUGUACUUGAAGGUGCACGAGAUAAUAAAUAAAAGUUUGAAUCCAACUUAAAAAUCGUCACUUGAAAAUGGAGCACCGUGUGUACUAAUAGAAAAAUUAAAACAACAAAUACAUAACUCUUCAGACCCACUACUACACUCACACACACCUGCCAAGCACUCCUCCCGAGGCUCAAAAUGGAAUAUCUGUUGCUCAACGCAUUCGAACAAAACUACUACAAUCGUAUCAAGGAAUUUGAGCGCGUGGCCGCUGCAGCUGCAUCCGCCGCAGCAGCAUCAGCUGCCGCACAGAACACGCUCUCACCGCGCGCCAACUCCCAUACGUCCAGCAACAACAAUAGCAGUAGCAACAACAAUACUACCAAUUCUUCAUCGACCACGUCAUCAAUCGCCUCACCUUCGACAUCCUCCUCAACCGCCUCGUCUUUAUCAUCUUCGCCAACAUCAGCCGUUGGCAGCGCAAUCGCCACAACGCUGCCUGCUGUUAGCCCAACGGCGAGCAAACACAGCAACCAGCAAGCAGCAGUCGUUGCGACUAACGGCAAUGGUCCAACAAAUGGACAUAAACUUCCGCAGGUGCAUCCGCCGCAACCAGCUCAGCGUUCACUCUCACCGCACCAUUUUCCACAUUUUUCCGCAGCACAAGCUGCUGCUGCUGCCGCUGCCAUGGCUGCACAACAGCACCUGCAUCACUUGCAGCAACAGCAGCAACAACAACAACAUAUCGCGCAUCAACAUCAACAAUUGGCACCGGGGCAUUUGAGCGGGCAUCAUACCGCAGCCGCCACGCCAUCACCAACAAUUUCGCACAUACAAUUGCAACAUGCAACGGCGUUGCCACUGCCGCCGCCACCAUCUCAUCUGCAGCAUUUGCAUCACCACCACCAAACUGCGCACGCGCAUGCACAUUUGCUGCACGCGCGCGAUCAACAAAAUAAUUCGAAUGUGGCAAAUAGUUUGUUGUGGCAGCCGUGGCGUGAUCUCCAUCACCACUUGUAUCAACAGCAACAGCAACAACUGCAGAAAGAGGCCCGCCUCUCGUCGAAGGAAUUGCCGACUGCGCGUUGGCGCCGCGAGCGUCGUUCGCGCGCUGGUGAAUACCCCACGCUGGGCAGCGGUGUAGUGUCUGCCGCCGUCGCCGCAUCUACUUCGAGCAGCCUCUCGCCAGCUGGAACACCACCGCCGCCGGCUGUUUGUGCUGGCAUUCCAUCACCAGUGAGCGCGCAUCAUCAUGUCGCGUCGUCGGUGCACAGCGGCGUACCGCCACCCAUGUCCGUUAUGAUGGCCGCAGCAAUGCGUCCGCUUUGCGAAUCUACCAAUCGUCCAACGCCUCCGCCAUCGAACUCCUCAGCCGCCGCCGCUGUUGCAGCAUAUCAUCACCAAGGCGGCAUGGAGAGUCCAAUCGAUAUGUCGGUGUCGUCGUCUACGUUGAAACAUCGAUCGUCGCCACCGCCGCCAUACCGUGCACCACUGCCGGGCUCCACAUAUGCCACUGCGCUUGCACGCCCCAGCGUAAUUACACAAGCGCCAUCGAAACGCGAACGUGAACGUGAACGCGGCGAACGCGAAUUGUUGGCGAAUCGCGAGAAUGACAAUCGCAUUACUGAGUCCAUUUCUAAGUGCGAAUUGGUGAUCGAUGAACACUUCCGCCGCUCACUGGGUCCCGACUAUGCUGCGCUAUUCGGCAAAAAAUCGCCUGGCCACAAUCCAACCACACCAUCGCCACAACCGAGUGUAGCCGCUAUGACGACCACAGCAGUCAUAAAUACACCAACACCUACACCACCACCGCCAUCAGCGUUGUCUUUGCCGCCUUCCUCAACCACGCAGACUCAGCUGCAAGCAUUGGUUGUGGGACAUGCGCCAGCGCCAAGCGCUUUACCACCCUAUCAUGCAACCAUAGCUGUUGGUUCACCGCAAGCGCUCAUCUCACCAAAACCAGCGUCGGUCUUACUCUCCUCGGCAGCAAUCUUUGCAGCGGCAGCACAGCAUCCAGUUAAAGCUGAGACCUUGUCGCCACAUCACUUGGAGCAUGUGGCGGUUGCUUUACCACCUCCGCAACAGCAACCGCUUGCCCUGUCCACCACACAGCGCAGCAAUACACCACAACCAAUAGUUCCCAGCAUGGACGUCGAAGGGCGAGUCACUCAAACACCACCACCACCUAGCGCCGUGCUACAUUCGCCGCCGCCACCACCACCACCAUUCCCUACAGCGUCGCUACGCAACCAAAUAUCAAUCGAGCCACUCUCAAUCAGUAGUUCACGCUCACCGGUUCCAACACCACUACAAUCGCCAAAUUCAUCUGCUGCGGCGACACUUGCAGUGGUAUCCUCAACCACACCACUAACAACAACGCCAGCAGCAGGAACAGCGGCAGCAUCACCACCACCCAUAAUGCCAGCCAUAAUGCGCAUCAAAACCGAACCGGGCAUGUCGGCGUCCAAUACACCGCCGGCCUCCCCAACUUCCACCUCUUCGCCCACCAGCAUCACAAAGGUGAAUGCUUCUGUCGAUGAUCACUUUGCCAAGGCAUUGGGAGAUACUUGGAAGAAGUUGCAGGAGAAUAAGGAAGUGCGCAAGUGAAAUAUAAUAAAUCGGAAGAGAAGGAAGUGGAAAGGUUUGAUAAAUGAAGAGUAAUGAUAAGAAAAAUUUGAUGUGGGAGAGUAAGUAAAAGCAAGUAAAGAAUGAGAACAAAAAUGAGUUUGUAUGAAGAAAUUUAUAUAAGAAAAACAAAAAUUUAAAAUUAAAAAUUUUAAUGCAAAUUAAAAAUUGAACGGCUGAGAAAGAAAGAAAGUCAAAAAUUGCAGAACCUGAAAAAAGACGAACUAAAUGUUAUUAAAAGCAACAAUGCACUUUCAAAUUUUACAAAAUGCAAAAAUGUGGAAACAAAGGAAAUGUUGGAUGCAGCAAAUACCUACAAACAUAAAUCAGCAUAUAAGUCUUGGAAAUACUCGAAAAGAAAAGUUUGUAAAACUUAAAAAUGGAUUGUGUUAAAUCCUCUGAAGAAGGAACACUUAAACUGACCUACAAAAAAUGGUUUUAUUCUAACCUAAAAAGUUUAUUUGAAAACUGUAUGUUUAUAGCUAAGAUUAUUUAAAUUACCUUGCAGCAGAAGUCUAGAAAUUGUAAUUAAUAGUUUGUCCCGUUUGAAAUCCAAAUAUGUAAAAGUAAAUAUAAGUAUUACCAUUGAAAUAACCUUAAAUUAGUGACAGAAGCUUUCGAAAGUACACCAUGACAAACACCCACGAGAUACCAUGACAAAUGUCUACAGACAUAUGAAAGUUUGAAUAAAAAUCUUAAAUCAUAUUUAACAACUAACCUAAAAACUUUGUAAAAAAACAGUUAUAAAGUACUUAGUACUUAAAAAUUAUAGCUGAACAUAUUAAUUGAGUUUAGAAAAAAAAUGUCAAUUCCAAUCUAACAACUACUUGGCCCAGUAAUUAUGAGAAAAUACAUUUAUUUACGCUGAAUGAUGGAAAAAGCUGUACUCAGGAGCACAGUUAGAUAUUUAUUGUUUGUCAUUUGCCUUUUAUAAAGAUAUGUUCGAUGCUUAUUUUGGGUUAAAACAUGACAAGUAAAAAGAAAUACUUUUCCUACCUCCAAAUACUAUAUUUUUUUAAACUAACGGCAAUAGCUCAGCUUUGUUUAUAAAACAAAACUUUUUUUUUCAAAUCAGUGGUUUCAUUUAAAAGGAUAUAAAGAAAUAAAGCUACAUCAAAGAAAUGCUUGGCUAUGUAAAAUUUCAGUGCAACCCAUUUCCAAAAAUGUACAUUAAGCUAAUUAUUUUGAAGUUACACGAAUAGAAUGCCAAUUAAGUGAUAUAUUAGUUACUUUUCCUGCUUUGUGCGAGCUCUUGAUAGU